AUGCGGUCCAACAUUACUCUCGUCUGCCUGGCACUCGUUGGGCUCUCUGCUGGUGGUCCCUGCAAGCCUAGUAGCCGAGCCUCCGCGAGCAGCAAUUCUGCUACAUCAUCCGCCGCGACAAUCGGUGUUGCCGAGAGUUCCACGGGCAGCCAAACAAUCUUCGAAAGUCUCACCAUCACAUCAUCUGUCGAGAACACUCAAGUUCCUAGUUUGACUGUCCCCCAACCGUCAACAACAACUGCGGAGGAAGUCAUCAUCAUCACCAAUGCUAUUUCAGGAGGCUCUUUCGCCAAUCGCGACCCAAAUAGCCCAAGCGGCCUCACAAACUUCGGCGCCUCUGGAAAUGCCGAAUUCCACCAAGGGGGGUGCUACCGUGCUGACGGUAGUGUUGAUGACGGCUGCGCUGCUUUGAGUGCCAGUAGCAACGGCGGCACCAAGCGAAGCCUCUUUGGCUCUUUUGCCAGUAUCUUCCAGACUGUGCGGUCGAUCCCACGAAGGAAGUAUACUAUCCAGUUCUAUUAUCACAUCAACUCAGCUGGGAGCCAAGGAUGUGUUGCGAGUGCGAAGUUUGGCAAUACACAGUUCUAUUCUCAACCUGCCUCCAUCCCAGGAUCCUCGUGGGCCAGGGUGCUUCAGCAGGUUGAGGCUGUCUCUGACUCACCAACGUUUGCUAUCUCCCUGACAUGUUCUGGUGCUGGUACUUCUUCAAUCCUGGUGGACUCGAUCUUCAUCUCCGACCAAGUAACCCCAGAGAAUAUCGACAACUUCAAGCUUGACUUGGGUGGGAGCCCUGCUAUUGAAAGUACGACUGCGAUCAGGGCUGAAGAGUCCCCUACCCUUACAUCAAUUGGCAACGGUGUUUUGGAUAGCACAAGCAUCGCAAAACCCAUCUCAACAACCUCUCAAGAAGACACUUCUGCCACUGUUACUCACGCCAAGUCCACCGGCUCUGACCCCGAAAGAACCAGCACUGCGUCCGAGACCAGCGAGUUUAAAGCGGUUUCUUCAGUUGAACGCACUUCAGAAGGGAACACUGGUACUGCCGCUACCAGAACAUCUUCGACCUCUUUAGCUGCUGGAGAGACUAGUAAGGCCGAAUCAACUGGCCCAGUAUCACAAGAGAUUAGCUCUACUUCCCUAUCCGUCACCACAACAGAACCUUCCCAACCCACCGAUACUGCCUGCAAGCAAACAUGCAACACUAUUGAAGAUUAUUAUCUACAUAUCGAUGACUUCGGCUGCGAUCUCAAUGGUGUUUUCGUGAAUAGUGAUGCCAUCUAUACUCUUCCCGGGGAGGAAGUUGGUACCACUCAAACAAACUGGUACAGCAGUAACGACGAGUGUGCUCAGAUCUGUAAGACUCUACCUGGAUGCGUGUCAGCUGGCUUCCAGAGACUAUCGGGACGGUGUUUCUACUCCAACACUCUAGUUACUCGAGACGAUAUACGUGAUGGAAGAGACAGCCAGAUGGUCCAUUGGUUCGGCAUGGAAUGUUUCUCAUGUAGGUGCAGUUCUGGUGAUGUAUUGACAACUUCGGAACCUACCACUACUAUGAUCCGCCGCGAACCAACGACACAUAUCACGACCACUAAAGCUGCCCAGUCAACAGGCGUUUGCCACAACAACCGAGGCCAGCAGUGUGAGAUCAACCCAUCAAAUGUUGAGAACAACGACUAUGUCUGCAUUGGCGGAGGUGUCUUCACCGGACAAACCUGGACUGUGCCUCGAUCACUGUAUCCGAUACAAGAGAGUGCAGAGCAGUGUGCGGCAAUCUGCGAUACCUUGGAGGACUGCGAAUCAUCUGGCUUCUUCGGAAUGGAGAACCGCUGUCUCUUCACAACCACCAAGAUCAAGACAUCCGACUUUGCGGACCCUGAUCCAAACUACGAUGAUCCUGGCCUAGACCCCAAAAACAGUGUUUGGAGCCAUAGGUCCUGCUGGACGUGUCCAACCUGCGUUCUCAGUAACGCGCCUCUUCCCAAGAGUCCAACCUGCAACUACAAGCCUGGCGACUCUUGUACACGUACCACCUACGAGAGUCACGAAGCUAUGGUCUCCCAUACAUCAGGAUGGAGGCCCAGCCCCGUCACAUGGACUGGUUGGAGACGUCUGGCAACAUACCUUGCCAUCCUAGUUUCUGCCCUGUCUAUUUUACUCAUUGUAUUCCUCAUUAUAUCUGUCAAUGUAGGCAGAUCCCAAGGAACAAGUUUCCAAGAAGAAACAGUGAUCUGGGAAACAGACUGCACGACCACGGCACGAGCUAACCUCUGGAUUCAUCUUGCGAUCAAUCUAUUCGCAACUGGUAUUCUUGGUUCCUCUAAUUUCUUCAUGCAAGUUCUCGUCGCUCCUACCAGACGCGAGAUCGAUCAAGCUCAUGCUUCAGGCCGGUGGGCUGAGAUUGGAUGUAACUCUAUUCGCAACUUCCGCCUGUUACCACGACGAAAGACCUUCCUUUGGCUUUUAUUCACCCUGAGUUCCGUUCCGCUGCAUCUGGUCUUCAACAGUUGCGUGCUUGAAUCCAAGGCUUCGAAUGCUGUCCAUGAGAUCAUUGCUUCAGAAGGAUUUCUCGCUGAUUCUCCUUGGAACUAUCCUGGCAUGGCACAACUAUUCACAGACCCACUGAAUGAGUAUAUAUUGCCCGAGGAUGAUGAAUCUAUUAUCGCCACGACCGCCAAGAUCACCAAGAUCCAGAAGGACGCAAAAUCCAUGGAUAAUUGGGAAUCGAUCGAUUUUCAACAAUGCAAAGACCGUUACGACCAUGCAGGACGUGUUGUGUCCGAUUACCGUGACGUUAUCCUGGUGGUCAAGUUCCUUAAUGGGACUCAAAUCAAUAGUUGGGAUGAAGGCCGAUUAGGCAAUCGCAGCACUUCCUUUCACCGAAUCAGUUCGCUAUGGGAUCACCAAGUAUUCAUGCGGACUGGGUCGAUGGAGAAUACAUAUUAUCCGCGUUCAAUCCUUGGAGCCCUCUACACUGAUAUCAAUCCUCCCAACGACAAACUAGCAUUAUUGACAGACCAACCGUAUGCUCAAAUCCCAGACAUGGUCGUCGAUCGCUGCCUAUCAAAAGUAACCAAGUCUUCCUGUAGGAUACUUGUUGCCAACAAGCUUCUUCUUAUUGUUUGCAUUAUGUGCUGCUUCAAAUGCUUCCUCUGCAUAUUCACUCUUUUUAACCUGCGGCUUAUGAAUAACGAAGAGCCCUUGAUAACGCCUGGAGAUGCCAUCGCUUCUUUCAUCGCAAGACCAGGCGCUGAUACAAAGGGUAUGUGUACUUUAGGCUCACAGCGACAGGGCGCUCGUGCCCAGGAUAUUGAUUAUAACAACCUCGAAGGAUUGUCGCCGUGGCUGCGCACAAAGCGUACUGCUGGGAAAUCCAUACCAUGGAACAUCUGGAUCCUCUCAUUCCUCCUCACUGGAAGCUGCUUAGCUACAGGCUUAGCUAUGUGUAUUCUUGCCACUCGCGACCAGCCAAUCUCUGCAUCUCAAUUCCAACAUAACCCUAACAACUAUGUUGUCGAAACUAGCUGGUCGGGUGAUAUGUCGUUUCUUGGACUGACAAUGAUUGCCAAUUUGCCCCAGCUCCUCCUUUCAAUAUGUUAUCUGGCAUUGAACGGACUUUGGACGCGCAUGCUAUUGGAGUUCGAAUGGUCCCGAUAUAGCACAGUCUUCUCUUCACUUCGCGUUACGAAUCCUACCGGCCAGCAACGAUCAACAUACCGCCUGCAACUACCUUACCAUUGGUCUAUACCCCUCCUAUCAUUCAGUGCUAUCCUACACUGGGUAUACUCUAACUGUAUCUAUGUUGACUCUUAUGACUAUUAUGGUCCAGAUCCCCCAUAUUCUAUUUUCCAUUCAAGCCACGCAAUGCAUUACUCAACAGUAGCUAUCCUGGUGGCACUAGUUCUGUCAACAAUCCUCACAAUCGCCCCUUUGGCCCUCUCCCAAGCUCGUUUGCCAGGGAAUAUUGUCCUCGGGGGCAAUAACUCAAAGGUCAUAUCUGCUGCGUGCCACUGUAUACCUCUAAGACCCGGCCUCAGGACUACCAAAUCUUCAGCUGUUAUUAUUCAAGAAAUGACGGUUAUUGGUCCUGAGGAAGUAAUGGAGAAUCUUUUGAGAUCCAAGUCAGAGGAUAAUGACGGUCAAAUACUGCAGGAGAUGGCGGAAAGCCAGUUGAAAUGGGGAGAGGUCUUGGAUAGAAAUCGCCCAGACGGCAUCGGUCACCUGGCGUUUGGUUUGGAAGAACAGGUUAUGGCGGAGCCAAUUGAGGGGAAACUCUAUAAGUGA